AUGUUUAUAUUUAACAAAGAGGACAAAGAAAGAAAUAGUUAUCAUGCCAGUACCAAUAACGUCAUCGUGUGAUCAAGAUUUGGAAGAUAUUGAGGAUAUAUUCCAGCAGGAUGAUUUAACACCUGCUGACCGAAUGAACAAUCGUUCUCAUGUUACUUCGUAUGUUCGCCGCAUGGAUGUUGUAAAUGGAAAUGAUGAGAAACCGCACGCAGAUAGCAUUAUUCCAGGGACACAAACAAUAUAUAUCAAAACAUGGGGUUGUACUCACAACAACAGUGACUCAGAAUAUAUGGCUGGACAACUGGCUUCUUAUGGAUAUAAUGUUACAACCACUGAUUCGUUGCAUGCAGAUUUGUGGCUACUAAACAGUUGUACAGUAAAGAAUCCAGCUGAAGAUGGGUUCAAAAAUGACAUAAAAAAAGCGCAUCAGCUUGGCAAAUAUGUUGUUGUAGCAGGUUGUGUACCUCAGGGCCAACCUCGGGGAGAAUAUAUUAAAGGAUUAAGUGUCAUUGGGGUCCAGCAAAUUGACCGUGUUGUUGAAGUAGUUGAAGAAACUUUGAAAGGACAUACUGUUCGACUUCUUGGUCAAAAGAAACAAGGUGGUCGUAAAAUUGGUGGUGCAAAUCUAAAUUUACCCAAAGUUCGUAAAAAUCCCUUAAUAGAAAUCAUUGCUAUAAAUACAGGUUGUUUAAACCAGUGUACAUAUUGUAAAACAAAACAUGCCCGUGGUGAACUGGGAUCUUAUCCACCCGAAGAAAUUAUUGCACGAGCAAAACAGUCUUUUCAGGAGGGUGUGGUUGAAAUAUGGUUGACAAGUGAAGACACAGGUGCAUAUGGUAAAGAUAUUGGUGUAACUCUACCUGAGUUGUUAUAUCAACUUGUUGAAGUAAUACCUGUUGGUUGUAUGAUGAGAGUAGGGAUGACGAAUCCUCCUUAUAUUCAAGAAUACCUCAAGGACAUGGCAAAAAUAUUGAACCAUCCUCGAGUGUAUUCUUUCCUGCAUAUACCUGUGCAGUCAGCGUCCAAUGAAGUUUUAAAUGACAUGAAACGAGAAUACACCAUAGAAGAUUUUAAACAUACUGUUGACUUCCUCAAAGAGAAGGUACCAAGACUUACCGUGGCAACUGAUCUGAUAUGUGGCUUUCCCACUGAGACACCUGAGGAUUUUGAAAAAAGUUGUGAUUUAGUUAGGGAGUAUCAAUUUCCGAGUUUAUUUAUCAACCAAUUUUUUCCAAGACCUGGUACACCUGCUGCAAAAAUGAAAAGGGUACCAACAGACGAGGUUAAAGAUAGAACGAAGCAAGUAUCAGCCAUUUUUCAAUCGUACUUUCCCUAUGAACACGAGCUUGGUGAAAAACAAAUGAUAUUGAUCACAGAAGAAGCGAAGGAUAAAAUACAUUUCGUUGGGCACAACAAAUCAUACGAUCAAGUGUUAAUAAAAGGAGACAAUGGUUUAAUGGGAAAGAUGGUAGAAGUUGAAAUAUACGAAACUGGCAAACACUUCGUUAAAGGUAGACUCGUUGAAAAUUCCGAAGUAAUAUCUCCUGGGUUAAGUGAACCCCUACCUAAGGGUGUGGUUAGUGGCGCCCCAGAGAUAACAAAAGAGGUAGUGUUGGACGUGUCACAGCCGUUACCAAACUCGGUAUGGAAGACAAUUCUUCACAUGGGUUUAUUUGUACUGAUUGUAGCUAUUGUGCUUGAUAUAUGCCGGUUGUUUUUUAUGAUUAGUAAAAGCAACAUGACGUAAAAAUGAAGGUUUAUGUGUAUUUUCGUAUAAAAGCGACAUGACGUAAA